AUGUCGGACCAAGCCGAUGCGCCGGUCUUUGGCGCCUUCAGUUCGCUGCUGGGUUACGUGGGUGGACAAGCUGCUACGAGCGCUAUUUUCGAGAGGUUCCUUUGGCCUCAGCGUCAUUUCUCGUCCUUCUCCGUCUACGACAUGCCACGCCUUGCAUGUCUGUACUCUAUGGCGGGCCCAAUCGGAUCAGUUGCCCUUGAUGUAAUCGACACCUCUUACAAGAAUGGACUCUUUAGCGGAGCUGUACAAGGCCAUAUGCUCGGCACACAUUUCUACCGGGAUCUCGAAUGGACGUACAUUCUGCAUACCCGUGGAGGCGAACCUGAGAGGGAAUCGCAAAUUCGAAAUUGCCUUUGGGUCCAGGCGUUGCUGAAUAUGCCCCUCCCUGCCAUCAAAGAACCCAUAGUCCGAAAUCGCAAUGACGCUGAACACGGAAAGGUUGCCCUUGUGGAGAUGAUAAAACCGGUGCGCGCAAGAGUCGCCGUGAGCCAUUUGGUGCUUUCCAAGGCCACAGAAGAGGACCUCAGCAAUUCCAGGGUCCCUUUCAUUUCAGAGGAAAUCAAGCAUGUUGAUUUAUUGUGCUUGGUAGAGAUUAUUCUCACCGAAUGUGUUGGCAUUGGCAUCAUGAUAUGCGUAGCCGCCAUCACCGGCUCGUUAUGGAGUAUCAUCUUCAUUAUACCGCUCGUCCUUCGACUCAUCGGUACCUUGUUCGCGCUUGAACGCGAGGGCUUGAACACCUUCCCGGACACCGUCAACGACGAGCAGACGCGGGACUGGGAAAUCAACUGCCCAGCAAUCGAAGGAAAAUUCAUGCUUAUUACAGGCCCGCCCACCAUCGUCAACCAAUUCUUCCGCCAUUACGGACAUCCUGUGCGCAACCGAUUCCGCGAAGUUAUACAGUUGGCAGUCGUCAUCGCUUUUGGCACCUACUUCCCAGUCGGCCUCCUUUGUCAAGUUACCUGGAUGCCCGUUUUUGUUCAAUAUAUAUGGACAGUCUGGCAAAUUUGGCAGGUCUUGGUCAUGCACUUCGAUCGAUACACUCAGAGAGGAAUGAGUCGUACGACCACGGAUGCCGCCAUCGCUGCAAAACUUUACAAGAAUUUCCAGCCUGGGGAGGCUGACAGGGUGUUCCGAAGCACCAUUUUGUUUGGGCAGAGGCGCAACGGGCCUGCCGUUGUCAAGGCCAGCUUGUCAUUAACCGUUGCGGAUAGCUACGCAGACGGAAAGAAAGUCUUGAAGAGCGCGGUUCGGAAGUAG